UCCGUGUCCAUCAACAGUGCUUGCACAUAGCUGAGUUAAGAAAGGUUAUAAAGAUUCUCAAGCUGUAAAAGUAAAAGUAGAUCUGAAGAAUUUAGAGACUCCCACAAGUGUCUCUGAAUUUGUAGUGCAUCAUUACAAGACAUACUUGAGAGUCAUUGUAUGAAUUCCCUUGAAGAAUGCUGCUACUUUGAGAUGGACGACCUGGACUACCUCUCAGGACUGCGAGGUCUGCACAAGAGAUCAGCAUAAGAGAGCCGGUGUUGUUAAACCUUUACACGGCAGCAUGAGUGAGGCGCUCUUGGAAAGCUCUGGGGAGACUGGUUCCUUCCCACUCAGCAGCACUCAGCCAAUCAGGCUGAAACCGCAGUCAACGUCUGGAUCGCCCUGUGGAUCCCCAAGGAUGUCCCCCUGCAACUCUCCUCGAAACUCCCCCCGGCACUCUCCUCUGCUGUUCCGCAAGCUCCUCGUGAACCGUAGCAUCGCCCUGCAGAGGCGCUUCACCUUGGCACACACACCCAGUUUUGAUGUGGACAAUGGCCUGUCGGUGGGUCGCAGUCCACUGGACUCUCAGACUAGUCCGAGUUCUGGUCUGGUACUUCAGGCCAAUUUCCCCCACAGUCAGCGUCGGGAGUCCUUCCUCUACCGCUCCGACUCAGACUUCGACCUUUCGCCCAAAAACAUGUCCCGCAACUCAUCCACCGCCAGCGACCUGGAGGAGGGAUUGAAGCAUUGGGAAGUCAAUUGGCUGCCUCGGCAUGGAGAAGACAUGAUAGUGACUCCAUUUGCACAGGUUCUUGCCAGUCUACGAACAGUGAGAAGUAACUUUGCUGCUCUGACACAUCUGCAAGAUCGUGUAACAAACAAGCGUUCGACAAGCAGCAACCAGCCAUCCAUGUGUAAGCCAUGUCUUACAGAGGAGCCCUACCAGAAGCUGGCGGUGGAGACAAUGGAAGAGCUGGACUGGUGUCUGGACCAGCUGGAGACACUGCAGACGAGACACUCUGUCGGGGAGAUGGCAUCCAAUAAGUUUAAGAGGAUGCUGAACCGCGAACUGACGCAGCUAUCAGAGACAAGCCGCUCAGGGAAUCAGGUGUCAGAGUUCAUCUCCAAUACCUUCCUCGAGAAACAACAUGACGUGGAGAUCCAGUCUCCGCCUUCUAAGGAGAAGGAGAAGAAGAAGAGGCCGAUGUCACAGAUCAGUGGUGUGAAAAAGGCCACACAGAGCCCCAGUUUACCACCCGCCUGCAUCCCUCGCUUUGGAAUCAGCACACCACACGAGAGCCUGCUGGCCAAGGAGGUGGAAGACAUUAAUCGUUGGGGUCUGGACGUAUUCAAGAUAGCAGAAUAUUCCGGAAACCGCCCUCUGACGGUGAUCAUGUACUCCAUCUUCCAGGAGCGAGACCUUCUGAAAACCUUUAAGAUCCCAAUGGACACCUUCGUCACCUUAAUGAUGACCUUGGAGGACCACUACCAUGCAGACGUAGCUUAUCACAACAACAUCCAUGCAGCUGAUGUGGUGCAGUCCACCCACAUCCUCCUGUCUACCCCCGCUUUAGAGGCGGUGUUCACAGACCUGGAGAUCAUGGCUGUUCUGUUUGCUAGUGCCAUCCAUGAUGUCGACCACCCAGGAGUCACCAACCAGUUCUUAAUAAACACCAGUUCAGAGCUAGCGCUGAUGUACAACGAUGCCUCGGUGCUGGAGAAUCACCACCUCGCUGUGGGCUUCAAACUGCUGCAAGAAGACAACUGUGACAUCUUCCAAAACCUCAGCAAGAAACAGAGAGACUCCCUCCGAAAGAUGGUGAUCGACAUGGUGCUUGCUACAGAUAUGUCCAAACACAUGAACUCCUUGGCGGACAUGAAGACGAUGGUGGAGACCAAGAAGGUCACCAGUCUGGGAGUCCUGCUUCUAGACAACUACUCUGACCGCAUCCAGGUUCUGCAGAACAUGGUCCACUGUGCCGACCUGAGCAACCCAACCAAACCGCUGGAGAUUUACCGUCAGUGGACGGACCGCAUCAUGGAGGAGUUCUUCACCCAGGGAGACCGAGAGCGGGACAAAGGCAUGGAGAUCAGUGCCAUGUGUGACAAACACAACGCCUCCAUAGAGAAGACCCAGGUGGGCUUUAUCGACUACGUUGUCCACCCUCUGUGGGAGACAUGGGCAGACUUGGUGCACCCUGACGCCCAGGACAUCCUGGACACGCUGGAGGACAACAGGGAGUGGUACCAGAGCAUGAUCCCCCGCAGCCCGCCGUCGCCCUCCAGCCCCGAGGAGCACCAUGUGGAGGUGAUGCCAGGGGGAGCUGUGGGAGCAGGAGGGGCCGUCCCUUCAGGAGGAGGAGUGGACAAGUUCCAGUUUGAACUCACUCUGGAGGAAGAAGAGGAGGAUGAAGAGGAGGUGGAGUCUGACCUGGAGAGCCCCCUGGAGGAAGAAUCACAUUCGGGUGGGGAGCGUCAGCGGGACUCCUCCUCCCCCUCUUUGUCCCCAAAUCCCCGCAGCAGCAGGUACCGCCCCCCCUCGCCUUUCCCGUCUCGAUCCCUGAACCUGGCUGCCAUGUCGGUGCGGAGCCCCCACAGGACGCUGGCCUCCCCGGGACGGGAGGGCGCCGACAGGGAUAGAGAACUGAGCCAGGAGGGCGAUGGGGUGGCGUGCCUACGUAUGGGCACGUAACAACCAGCACAACCUGCCCCGCCUGAGAGACACGAGCACUGGAUGUGGAGAGACGGCGGCAGGGCAGGUCUUUACCAAUAAAGUCUGUAAAAUCACUACAGUCCCUUUACACUGGAGACACCCACUCUGGAGAACAGAGGGACGUUCCCCCUCUGUUUUUAUUUUAUAUUUUAACAAGAAGAAUCAUUUUAGCCUCUCUUUGGGUGCCUGAAUGUGUCCCGUCCUGCUUUCUUGUAGCUUCAGUUCGGAGUGUCCCAGACAAAAACUGCUGCAUUUUAACUGUGGAGUGGAGCCGGGGCAUGAUACUGUAACAAGAACAACAGGUAAAGGAAAUGUCUUCCUUCAAAAUAACAUUAAGAAUGAGGAUCGCCGUGGUCUGACAGGGUCUUGGAAAAUUAUUUUGCACCAUAGUUUUUAAUUUAGGAUAUGAAAUUACUGAGUCCGGUUGGAAUAAGUGAGUAUGAUUUCUUUGUUUGAGAAUGAUGUGAGAGAUGAAUCGUUUUACCAAAUACAGGAUGUAGAUGAGAGAAAAUCGAUGGACCUAAACCUCAGGGUAUGAAGAGAUAAUCUAUUGUAGCAUGGAUGUAGUGGGUUCCCCUGAUCUGACCCUCGACCCCAAACUGUCUUUCCUGUUUGAUUUACCUCCAAACCAGAGACAUCUGAGACUUUGUUUAACCUGCGUGUCUCUAUAUUUAAUUAAAGCCUUUAAUAGAAAAUUUGGCAACUGAAGCAAUCAAAUAAUAUAUAUUUAAACCAGCUUGUAGCAGCACAGAGAUUUACACUGAAGAAGACUGAACCCCUGUCUCACAUGUUGCAAAUACAGAAGACACCACCUGUAUAAUUAGUUUGGGCUUUAUUUAUUUUUACCUGAGAUGAUUUUAAAUGGUGUCAUUGUUUUAGGGGUUUGGAACAGUUCUUUGUUGUACAUUUGCUGGUCUCGUCUGUGUUUAUGUGCUUCAAAAGCAUUUUUUAUCAGGGUGCCUCCGGUCCGCAGUAGCACUUUACCAUCUCUGCCCUUCAGCUCUUUUAUUCAGUCACACAAAGGGCUUCGUCCACUGUAGGCCUACCGAUGAUCACACGGACACUCAACUGACUCCAGAGGGCAGGGCAGGAAAAUCACUGCUUGGUUGAUCCAGAAUGUCACAAACUUACUUACAAAGAUUCACAACCUCCCCGGUGGUCAGAUAAUAUGGGAAUUAUAAGACUUCUUCUGUUUUGUGAAAAGCUUUAGUUACUCUACUUAUUUGCACCUCAGUUUCUUGAGGUACACGUUUAAAGAAAAAUACAGGUGCAACUAAAGAAAAUCCACGUGGGUUGCACUUUGUAUAACUGCAAUGUUCUCUGAAAUGAUCUGAGGUCCAAGAUUUAAAGCCCUGUUCCUGCAACGACAGCAGCCUUUCUGAGUCUUAAUGCCUCUGUUUAAAAUGCUCUGGCGUCUUCCAUUUAACGUUUGGGAACUGAUGCUGUUAUGUGGGCAACAUAUGUGAGAAUAACAUUGAAUUUAUAUAUUCCUGACAGCAGCACGGACAUUUUGAGCUGCACUGUGAAGCAGAUGUGAGUUCAUUGUGUCGAUGCUUUUCUUACUCAAACUUUUAAGGAUAAUGCUGGCGUCAUUUAUGUAUUGUUCUUGCUGUCAACAAAUCCCAUGAAAAGACCAAAAACGUACGAUGUUUUAGUUUGUCUCACAAUACUUUCUGUCUGUGGCUUUAAAAACGUGUCACUAAUUUAUAUUUAUUUAAAUGUUUUUAAAAAGGGAAUUGUAUUUAUUUAUAGCAAACGUGACUCCAACAGGAGUAAUGGACUAUUCUUAUCUGAGGAUUAAUACACAUUCGUUAUUUAUUUCCAGCAGCAGGACAGUGUAUGUGUGAAUGGUCCACAAUAAGCUAGUGUACAUAAUAAAGGAAUAUGUCGCUCAGUGCAACAUUGCAACAGACAAUACUUUUUAGUUUGAUAAGUUAAUUGGGGGUUUUUCGUCUUUUCAUGGCCGUUGUUGACAGUUAGGAAAACAUGAAAUAUCACCACAUGCAUCCUUUGAUUUGGACGUGUCAUUACUUCCUCACCUGCAGAUUAGUGAAUUAAAGUUAAUCUGAUUGUUCCUUUUCUAGAACUACCAGAACAGUUUGAAUUAAUAUUUUUAUACAAAAGUUCAACUACACAGGUAAAGAAGCCCUGUUUGUUAUUUUAAACGUACUAUUUUCUGCCAGGGUCUUAUGAUUCCAGAUAUGUCACCACGGUGUUACUUUCCUGCCCUGCCAACAGGAUCUGAUGUCGAGAUCAGAAGUUGCUGACAGAAAUUAAUCAAGCUAAACAGAUUGUGAUCCAUCAGGUUAUCGGUCUCAUUUGAUAGAAAGUGCUCGACUGGGAUAUAACUGUGUGCCAUAAGUGUUGAAAACACACAAACACCUGCCAGCCUAUGACGCUGUACAUUUUUACACUAGAGAUUUUAACCUGAUGAUUGUAUCGAAGUCAUCGACUUUAUAGUGUUAGUUUUUACGAAUGAUACGUGUUACCAGUAUUUAAAGCAGACCGUUUAUUAGAUUUUGUGCAGCUCAUGAUCAGUCUGCGACUUGAGAAUGUGUGUAGUUUCAGGAGUCACUGAGGUAGAAAGACCAGGAAGCACUACUCAAAGAUAUGAUGCACUUCCUGGUCAGGCAGUCGUAGAAAACACUAGUCUAACAGUAUUUCAUUGACUCAGCUUGUAAGCUUUACUGAUCAGCCUUACAUGUAAUAGGAGUGGUUGGAGCCUAGUGUUAAAGGACCAUUGUGCUGUUUUUAACACGCCGAGCCUCAGAGCAUCGUUUGAUCUACAGUUCUGGAAAAGAGAGAAAACAGGAAUCUCAAAGAUUAAGAAUACGUAUAAAUUAUUAGGGCUGUACCAAGUUGUUGAAAGCUUCAUUCAUAACGUUGACAUUUGAAUUCUAAAUCAAUUUUCUGAUAUUUCUGCACAGUUGCAGAUAAGGAUUAGUCUAUACUAAUAUUAUAAGUAUUAUAUAUUAUAUAUUAUAUUAUUUGUAGAAGUAGAUCCAGUUGGGGGUUUUGUAGGAUUGUAUCUGACUCGUGUGAAUCAAACAUUUCCAAUGACAAUAAAAUAUGACAAGACAUUAAAAGCUUCGUUCGAAUACCUGAAAAGAAGCUCAGAUUGUAAGAUAAAUUAAUAAAAAGACUUUCGGUACAGCCUUAUAAAUUAUACAUUUGUCAUGACAGCAGCAAUAUUCUGCUUCUGUCUUUACACACAUUGUUAGUGAGGAAGUAAGCUACAUGUAAAAAAAAACACUGUUUUAAUCCCUCAAAACUCCACGAUGAAAAUGCCAUGUAAACCUCGUCAGCAACAUUUGGAUAAAAUGUUCUGGUUAUUUUAAGACUUUACCUCUAGCGCCAACAGGCCAACGUUUUUAUUUGCACACAAGUAAAGUCAGAAUGUAAUGGGCAAAUUGCCAUGAAAGCAGAUGAACACUUUAUAUUGUGUAGUAAUGAGAAUUGCAUCCUAGCUGGGAUUUAAACUUUUAGCCCGUUUCUGAAAAGUUGUUCUGUAAUCAUCCUUUAAAGCCUCCUCUUCCUUUCCAAGCUUUGGGUAUUGGUACCAAAUAUCUGCAAAUAUUUGCGUGUGUGCAGUUUAUUCAGACUGCUGGUAUGCAGUUAUAGUACCUGCCUAACACCGGUUAAAAAGCACUAGUUAAGAUUAGUUUCUAAAUAAAAUGUGCUUCCCUCUGACAGUUAUCACACGGCUGCUAUCCGUCAGCUCUCCUGCAGUACAGGAAGUGAUGAGCAUUUCCUGUUAGUAUGGAAUGCAGUGAUAGUUGUCACCUUGGCUGAACAGAAAAGCAAUAUACAAAUUAAUUUAAAUUCUUACAUUUUGUAAAGCUUUAUUUUUAUAGCCCUUUUUAAAACUUAUGCUUCUCAGAUUACAAUAUGAAACGGACACCAAACAAAGUUCAGAAUGGCAUUCUCAUGUGUAUUUGAAAUAUUUAAUUGAUCAGUCAGCUGGAUGUAGCUUGACGCCCAGUACCUCGGCAUGUUAACACAGCGGUGUGGCUCUUUACAGGAAGACAUCAGUGCCAUACAGUGUUAAAUGUGUUGAGUCACUGCUCUCUCCGUCGUGUCACGCUGAUACUGCCAACAUUAAUGUUCAUGCAGUCAGUUUUCUGUGUCGUGCAAACUUCUCUAAAGAUAUUUAUUCUUCAAACAUGUCUGUUGAGACAGAGUACUGUAACAUAGGACAUUUGAUUUUAGGUUCUGGAGCCUACAAAUAAAGUAUACAUUAAAAAAAAAGUAAACGCCUGCCACUCCAAUGUUUGUCAAAGAACUAUAUUUUUGUUUCUCAUUCUAAGCCAAAAGACUCUCGGGAGUUCAGGGUGUUUUAAGUGAAAAUGCCAAUAAAUAUGGAAAUUUAUCAAACUGCCUGUUAUUUCUUUGUUCAUUAUAUAGGAAAAUUAAAAGGUUUUUAAAGUGUAAAUAAUCACAAUCAAGAACAGUAAAUCUAAGACCAAAGACAUUUAUUCCACUUUCAAAAAAAAAAAAAAAAAAA